AUGGAGCUCGCGUACGUGCACUCCAUUGCGUACGUCGUCUACGACGGUUUCGUGAGCAAGGUGCUCAUGAACGAGCUCACCGCCUUGGACAGCGCCGAAUUGGAGAGGUGGAAGGAGGUGUGGGAGGAGGUCAGGAUCUUGCCGACCGGGAUGUGGACGGUGAUGUGGGCCCGGGGAACGCUCCUUCCAAAGACACGGCUGACUAAGAUCCUCGACAAGUAUCGCCAUUUCAAGUUCACAGGCGAUGGUCUGCACGCCACGCUCCUGCCAGCCAUAUGGUACCCAGUCAAUCCCAACACCGAGGAAGGCCGGGAGAAGUCGGCGUCCAUGAUGUCGGCAAUGAUAGGUCGCGUGUCAAUGUGCGCUGCGUACGGGAAGACCGCCGCGACAGCGGCGAAGAAGGAGGGAGACAAGGACGAGAAGACGGAUAUGGCGGCAUGGGCGUUAGGAGCAUCCGCAUGCGCUGUGUGGUGCUUCGUCGAGAACGGCGAUGCCCAGCUGGCGGAUGCUGUGGAAGAAGGGAAGGCGGCGGCGCUUGUGUUCGGGGCGAGCCAGGCGACGAGUCAUGGAGGCGGUGCUAUGAAGGCCGAUCUUGACAACAGGGGGAGGAAGGGUCAGAGGGGCAAGAAGGGGACGAAGGCCAAGGGCUGCACGGGAAAGAAGGGGACGAAUGCCAAGGACAGCUCGGGGAAGAAGGGCCAGAAGGCGAAGACGGCCAAGGACAGCACGGCGGAGUAG